CAGUCAACUGUCAAAACAUCGUGAGUGAGCGUGCGCGUGGUAAUUUUCAUUUUUCAUUCAAUUUUGAGCACAGAAAUUGUUUUAUUUUUAUUAAAACAGCAACGUACUCAAAUUUUAUGCUACAUAAGCUUUGAGGUGUUUAAUGAACAUGGAAAACCCCGAUAGUGAUGAAGAAAAACACGAACCCGGACCGGUAGAAAACGCCUGGUCAAUGAAAAUUCCCAAAUUUACUCCAGAAGAUAAUCCACAUGGCUUGUUGGAAGAAAGUAAAUUUGCAACACUAUUUCCUAAAUAUCGGGAACAGUAUUUAAAGGAAUGUUGGCCUUUAGUUCAGAAGGUUUUGAAGGAGCACUAUAUUGUUGCCGAGUUAGAUCUUAUUGAAGGCAGUCUGACAGUGAAAACGACUCGAAAAACUUGGGACCCCUAUAUCAUUAUUAAGGCUAGAGACCUAAUGAAAUUACUGUCCAGAAGUGUUCCAUUUGAACAAGCAGCAAGAGUUCUCGAAGAUGAGAUUGGGUGUGACAUUAUAAAAAUUAAUUCCUUUGUAAGAAAAAAAGAAACAUUCUUGAAGAGAAGGCAACGCUUAAUUGGACCGAAUGGAGUGACAUUGAAAUCUAUUGAAUUAUUGACUGAAUGCUAUGUACUUGUACAAGGCAACACUGUUUCAGCUGUGGGCCCAUAUAAAGGUCUAGUGCAAGUGAGGAGAAUAGUGGAAGACACAAUGAAGAAUAUUCACCCUAUGUACAACAUAAAAAGCUUAAUGAUAAAGAGAGAACUUAUGAAAGAUCCUAAUUUAAAAAAUGAAAGUUGGGAUAGGUUUUUGCCCAAAUUCAAAAGCAAAAAUGUUCCACGAAAACAACCAAAGAAGAAAGUUAUCAAAAAGCCUUACACACCAUUCCCACCUCCACAACCUGAAAGUAAAAUUGACAAAGAAUUGGCAACCGGUGAAUACUUCCUCAAGGAUGAUCAGAAGAAAGCUAAACGGCGCCAUGAAAAAGAAGAAAAACAAGCCAUUGCUAAAAGAGCAAAACAAGAACAAAGGCAAAAAGAAUUUAUACCGCCUAAAGAGAAACCAGUUGAUACUCCGAAAACUGAUCAAGGUGUGGACAUUAAGCAACUAAAAGCUAAAAUGAAGAAGUUCUCUAAACAACAUAAAUCACUUAAGAAAAAUAAUGUAAAUAAUGAAUAAAAAUUCAUAAAUACUG